UUUUGGUGACCCCUGACCCAGUGACAGGCAUGCGAGUUCACCUUUUGCUAUACAAAUACCGUUCUUUUCUCGGGUCUGCCAUCAGUCUUUGCAGAAUGAAAUUCUGGAGGAAUGGAAAGCUAGUGGUGGGUUUUGAUAUGGAGAUUACGUCGAGCAAAAUAAACCCUUUUGGGCCCUUAUCUGCAAACUUGCUUCCUCAAUCACAAUAAAACUGUUUCAAGCAUCUGGGGUUCCUCUGUUGUUCCUGUGAAUUUUUCAAGCCAGUGGAAAUGAGAGAGAGAUUAGCAGAGGUUGGAUUCUGGUUUCUUACCUUCUCCUGGGUCUGGACUUCUGCAAAUUGUAUGCUUUCUCCUAAAGGUGUAAACUUUGAAGUGCAAGCAUUAAUGGGUAUAAAAGCUUCUUUAAAGGAUCCUCAUGGUGUUCUUGAUAAUUGGGAUGGGAAUGCUGUUGAUCCGUGUAGUUGGACUAUGGUCACUUGUUCUACUGAGAGUCUUGUCAUUGGCCUGGGAACUCCAAGCCAGAAUUUAUCUGGUACUCUUUCUCCAAGCAUAGGCAACUUAACAAAUCUCCAGAUAGUGCUAUUACAGAACAAUGACAUAACAGGACCAAUUCCACCAGAGAUUGGAAGGCUAUCAAAGCUCCAAACACUUGAUCUUUCCAAUAACUUUUUCAGCUGCCAAGUUCCAUCUUCUUUGGCUAACUUGAGAAGUCUCCAGUACUUGAGGCUUAACAACAACAGUCUCUAUGGUGCUAUUCCAGAGUCAUUGGCCAACAUGACCAACCUUGUCUUUCUGGACUUGUCUUUCAACAAUUUGAGUGGUCAUGUACCUAGAUUGCCUGCUAAAACAUUCAGCAUAGUUGGAAACCCUUUAAUCUGUCCAACGGGUUCUGAGAAUGAGUGCUUUGGAACCGCAUUGAUGCCGAUGUCCAUGCCAUUGAAUGGGUCAGAAGGUGCCUUGCCUUUGGGAAGACCAAAAAGUCACAGAGUCGCCCUCGCCUUAGGGGUAACACUCGGGUUCAUCUGCUUCCUCCUCCUCCUGCUGGGGCUGCUUUUGCAGUGGAGGCAAAGACGAAACAAGCAUAUGUUUUUCGACGUUAAAGAUAGGCAUCAUGAAGAAGUUUCCCUUGGAAACUUGAGGAGGUUCCAAUUCAGGGAACUCCAACUUGCAACAGACAAUUUCAGCAGCAAGAACAUACUAGGAAAAGGCGGUUUUGGGCACGUUUACAAAGGACAUCUCCGUGAUGGGACUGCCGUGGCUGUGAAGAGGCUCAAAGAUGGUAGUGCUGCUGGAGGGGAUAGACAAUUCCAAACAGAGGUUGAGAUGAUUAGCCUAGCAGUGCACCGAAACCUCCUCAGGCUUUACGGGUUUUCCAUGACUGCCACAGAAAGGCUUCUGGUUUACCCCUAUAUGUCCAAUGGCAGUGUCGCUUCACGUAUGAAAGCAAAACCUAUAUUGGAUUGGGGUACUAGGAAGAGAAUAGCUUUGGGAGCUGCAAGGGGCUUGUUAUACCUCCAUGAGCAGUGUGAUCCAAAGAUAAUACACAGAGAUGUGAAGGCCGCAAAUAUAUUGCUUGAUGAGUAUUGUGAGGCAGUGGUUGGAGAUUUCGGGUUGGCAAAGCUUUUGGAUCACCAGGAUUCACACGUGACAACAGCCGUUAGGGGCACUGUGGGGCACAUAGCCCCUGAAUAUCUCUCCACCGGACAGUCUUCUGAGAAAACAGAUGUGUUUGGGUUUGGGAUUCUCCUCCUUGAAUUGAUUACAGGUCAAAGAGCUCUAGAAUUCGGAAAGGCGGCUAACCAGAAAGGAGCAAUGCUUGAUUGGGUGAGGAAAAUUCAUCUAGAGAAGAAGCUAGAUUCGCUUGUCGAUAAGGACUUAAAGAACAACUACGAUCGGAUUGAGCUUGAGGAAAUGGUCCAAGUGGCUCUCUUGUGCACCCAAUACCUUCCGGGCCUAAGGCCUAAGAUGUCUGAAGUGGUUAGAAUGCUUGAAGGCGAUGGGCUAGCCGAGAGAUGGGAAGCUUCACAGAGAGUUGAAUCAUCCAAGUACAAGUCAUACGAUCUCUCAUCUUCUGAGCGAUACUCUGACCUCACUAAUGACUCUUCGCUACUGGUGCAAGCCAUUGAACUCUCUGGCCCAAGGUGAAGUAGUCAUGUUUUUGCAAGAGUUAUACAGAACUAGGAAUUUUGGAAGCAGGAAACUUUUUAUAUUUGUAUUUGUCUACAGAAGUCCAAAGUUUGAAAUUGGUUUGUUGUAUAGAAGCAGUGUAUCUUAGCUCCAAAGGGCUUUGCUGUCAUUUUCUUACUGUACAUAUCAUGAUUUUGAUAAGUGAUAUGGACUAGAUUGAGAGUUUCUUAUUA